CGGACUCUCGGUGGCCGAGCGCCCGGGGCUGCGAUGGGCCAUUUUUCUGGCGCCCAGCCGCCCGCCACACCCGGAGGAUGGGGCCUCUCACCUGGUUUGUUUUGGUUUUUUUACUCUUACAAUCCAAGUAAUCCGUCAUCAUGGGUAGCUGCAAGCCCCGCGGUAUCAAUGCUGCUCGUCAGCUUCGCAACAACCGUCGCAUCAACAAGUGGGCCGACAAGAAGUGGAAGAAGCACGCCCUCGGCACCAUCUUCAAGCACUCUCCCUUCCAGGGUACCUCCCACGCUAAGGGUAUCGUCAUCGAGAAGAUCGGUGUCGAGUCCAAGCAGCCCAACUCUGCCAUUCGUAAGUGUGCUCGUGUCCAGCUCAUCAAGAACUCCAAGAAGGUCACCGCUUUCGUCCCCUAUGAUGGUACCAUGAACUACAUCGAGGAGAACGAUGAGGUCCUCAUCGCCGGUUUCGGUCGUUCCGGUAUGUCCGUUGGUGAUCUGCCCGGUGUCCGCUUCAAGGUCGUCAAGGUCGCCGGUGUCUCCCUCUGGUCCCUGUUCACCGAGAAGCGUGAGAAGCCCCGUGCUUAAAUGCCCGCGUGUGUCGUCGUGCCCCGUGUACUACUACUAUCACCCUCUCACACACAUUUCCCUCUUGUGUUGAUAUAAACCCGAGGCAGCUCCGCUUUUUUUGUGUGGUGCCUCCUCCCUGUGCGCGCCUCCCUCCCUCUCUCGCUCUAUCCCAGCUGUAACAGCAUACAUCCAUGUGCUCCUCUCGA